AUGACGUCUGGGGACGUGUUCAGCUUCUCUCCGCUCGUGCGGUGCAAAGACGGUCGAUUGCUGCGGUUGGCCGACCGGAGCCAGUUCUUUUACGACCACGACGGCAACGCACACUGCGCUAUUUUGUGCGCGACGAGCUGGCAUGAGGACACCAUGAAGGAGAGCGAGCGCUUCAACAAGUGGCUUCCACUGCGUCAGCUGGCCUACCACCCUGAGCCUCGCCCGGGCGACGAUGAAGCCAACGGCGGCGCAACAUCAUCAUCAUCAUCUGGCUAA